CUUAACUUAGCGUUGAAAUUGAACAUGCGUUACUUUGAAAUGCUUGCGUUACUUAUGCCUUGAGGAAAUGGUUUCACCCACUGAUAACAAUGACAUAUUCGGUAUUUGGACACCUCAGGCGUUUGUUUUACGUGCUGGUUUGUGUUCUAAUAUUCGUAGAACUGUAUGCUCUCCUAUACAUACACAUAUUUCGAGAAACAUAUACAUUUGACUUUCAUUUCACUCAGGUAUUAAACCAAACUCAUGGAACAUCAUUUCUGGCUGGGGAUACCAACUGUCUCAGUCAAAACAAGCAUUUAUGGAGUGCAUAUAACCGCACGCGUUCUGAAAGCUGCAAAAAAGUAUUCAUAGACGUGGGAUGCAAGGCGGUCAGUUACGAUGGCUUCUCUCACAGUUCUUGCCAUAGCCAAGUUUUUCAGUCUGAUGUUCCCAUACAAUGGAAAUAGUGAUUUUCUACACACAUUAUAGUCGCUUCUAAACAGCAUGAAUUUUACUUCCGGGAACUUAAGUAGGCAACCGUCUUUCGUAGGAUGUUUCUUCGUCAGUUUCAGUGAACUUUCAAAGGUUAAAUCAAGUGAAUACAAGGAUAUGAACGAUUGUUUGAGUAUAUGCCGUUCACUUGGGGUAGCUUAUUCCUGGAUAGGUCCCAAUCAUUCUUGCUGGUGUCGUAUGAAUCUUCCUAAUCGAUCAGAAAAUGUAUCCAUCUCUCUGUGUUCCAUCAAAUGUGCUUUUGAUGAACAAAGUAUAACUCCUGAGAACUAUCAACUUUGUCCUGAUCCGGUUCCAGUCCGCAUUUAUGCAACUAGAGCGAAUCCGCCUUAUCAUCCUACUCCUCUUCCUCUGAAAUCUGGUCUUGUCGAUCUGGUGUUAAAAAAACCAAUUAGAAUAGUCUACCUACUUGUGUGGAAUGGUAGAAGUUGGCUGCAUAUCCGUCGAAUGUUCAAGCUCAUAUAUCACACUCGACAUUAUUAUUACAUCCAUGUGGACUCGCGGUGUGAUUACCUGUAUUCCAAGGUCAAAUCGUUUGUUCAAGAUUAUCCAUCAAAUGUUCACCUAACACCCACGCGUUUUUCUCCUGUUUGGGGUGGACAGAGCUUGCUCAGUAUGUUUUUAUCAGCGUUGAACGAGUUGUCCACUAAUUUGCGAGAUUGGGAAUGGGAUUUUGUGAUCAAUUUGAGUGAAAGUGAUAUGCCUAUUAGGCCUCAUCAUGAGCUGGUUACCUAUUUAAGUCACAACAAGGAUAAAAUUUUUCUUCGUUCAUUUAGUCAUACCGGACAAAGUUUUUUAAGAAAUCAAGGUUUCGGUCAAUUAUUCGUUGAAUGUGAUUCUUAUGUUUGGCAUUUAGGCGAACGACCUAUCCCAUCUGGAGUUAUUUUAGAUGGAGGUUCAGAUUGGAUGAUACUUCCCAAAGUAUUUGUGGAUUAUAUUAUUCAUAGUGAGGAUAGUUUGAUAAGCGAUAUUAAGGAAUACUUUCGCUACAGUCUGCUGCCAGUUGAGAGUUUUUUCCAUACAGUUGCUCAAAACACCCAUUUUUGUACAUCAGUCAUUAAUCAUUAUUUACGAUUCAUCAAUUGGAAAAGACCACAAGGUUGUGGUUGUAAAUAUGGAAGUGUAGUUGAUUGGUGCGGUUGCUCUCCACUAACCUUGAAUGGACCGAAAGACGCUGAAACUCUGUGUGAAUUAGCCGGAAAGUGUUCACAGUCAGAUUACGGUUUACAACCACUAUUUUUUGCACGUAAAUUUGAUUCAACUAUUGAUAUGGGAAUAAUUAAUUUCGUCAUAUCUAAAUUGUUGACACGGGAUGAUAUAACAGUCACCUCAAACGAUGAUAAUUACUACCUGGAAAAUAUCUAUUCAAAGGAGGAGAAUUUGAUGACAGAUGAUAAUCCACACCAGCAGACAUUAUUUUUAGCACUGAACUGUCUGUCUCGAAAAUUAAUUCUACAGUUAUUAGAAACCUAUAAUAACAGUCAUAACAUAUUCUCUACUAAAUCAUUAUUAUUGAAUGCUUUCGCAUUGUUCAAUGCGAUAGGUUGGCAAGAGUUUGACGGCAGUCUGUCUAACGAAUUAGUCCGGGGGUGGGUUGACAAACGAAACACUGUACCGUCACUGGUACUACAAAUUGAGUUACAGAAUGCAGUCGAAAUGAACAGUGCAGAAGCUCGGGAUAAUUUCAUCAUAGAAAUUCUUAUUCAUCCACCGUCGUUUAGUUUUACCACUUCAGAUACAACUGAUAGUUUACUACCCGGUGAUAUAGGCUUCCUAGAGAUUAGCUCAAAUUUCGAUGUUAAAGAACAAAUAUUUCGUAAUUAUCCACGUUUCUUAACUCUACAUGAAUUGCUGACUAUUUUGAUAUUAUGGAAAGGCAACUCGGAUUAUAAAAUAUACAAAACUUCAGUUGUAUUCACUUUAAUCAAUCCUCGGGGUAUUCCAUGUCCAAAUCAGGUGACACUGCCACUUGUACAAAAUGAGCAUACUGUGCGUUCUUUAGCUAUGCCUGAUUUAUACAUAACUACUAGUUUAAUCAAAAGUACAGUUAUAACAAAUUGUGUUUCACCCGAUAUCAAUGUUAUUUCUGGUGAAUGGAGUGUUCUUGCUGUUACUUCAAGUGGGCAAGUUAGUCGUGUCAAAUUUCUUCUACUCGAUUUGUUGAAACUUAAGCAGUCAUCAAUGCGAUCUCAAGAAAAUUCAUUUGUAGAUGAGUUGAUUUUUGAUUCAGAAGCCUGGAAUUCUGUUAAAUUUACUGAUUUCUGUACAGUGCAACAAUCAGUUAAGCAUGCAUCAAAUCGAUUGUAUUCUGAUAAUCAUACAAAUACUGAUGUCAGCAUUUUUGCUAAUCAAUCUCAUCAUGAUUGUUCCACUGUUCAUUGGAGUUCUUUUUUUAAAGAUUCUGUUUAUUAAUUCUUUGUUGUUUUUGUGAUGUAUUCAUGCAAAUCUCAGUGGAAUGUGUUGCUUCCUUCAUGUAAAUAAAUACUCACAACUGAACUCUGAAUAUCUCUAUAUAAUUUCUUCUAAUGAAAAGAAUAUGAUUCUGAUAGUAAUAAAUGUUGUGCUGUUUUUUUUUCUACGCCAACUGCAUUUUGAUCCCCAUCUUUUGGGAAAUAAAUUCUUUUUUUACUC